CGUGCGCAAUACACGCUCACACGCGCAUGCGCGGUAACGAUUGCGCCGUGUGAUGUGUAAACAUUCGAUAUUCAGUGUUGCGCUUUUGUGACUUGUGUUUUCAGUGCUAAACAAUUCGUAAGGUCUAUUUGAUUUUGUUUUGUGUACAAGGGCGUUAUUUUUGACUCGCACAAUUGUGAACUUUACGUGUUAAAUACUAUAUUGUCAAUGUAUUUCGUUUGAAGUUCUUUUAUAAUAUAUUAUUGCCAAGGAUUUGUAGAAUCAUUAUGGUGUAAGCUGGAGUUAAUGUGGCGGGCAUAUAGCGGGGUGCGCGGCUCUAAUGAUGACAACUAGAGCCAACCGGGGCGACGCCAUUCAGAGCGUGCCAGUAACUCAUCCACGCAGACAUCAUGUUUACAAGGUUCGACCAAGGGAAAUCAACGAAGGGCGCGAGCAAACUUCGGCGCGAUCUCAUCAACGCGGAGAUCGCCAACCUCCGGGAUCUACUUCCCCUGCCCCCUUCCACCAGGCAGAGGCUGUCACAGCUACAGCUGAUGGCUCUCGUCUGCGUCUACGUUAGGAAAUCCAACUACUUUCAACAAGUUUUUAAGAGAUUCGACAUCACGCACCAACCCAGCACUGGACAAAAUUUUGGCUUCUCUAAGGCGCUCAAUGGUUUCCUGAUGAUGAUGACUCAGAACGGGAAACUCCUCUACAUCUCUGAUAAUGCUGCCGAAUACCUUGGUCAUUCUAUGGAGGACCUGCUAAUCCAUGGCGACAGUGUCUACGACGUGAUAGAUAAACAGGACCAGCAAGCGGUCAGGUCCGAGUUAUCCAGAGCACCCAGCGAUGGAGAAGACAGGGUGUUCCUGUGUCGAAUGAACGUGGCCAGAAACGCUAGGAGACAGAUGCGAUUUGGAGAUCAAAAGGUGGUGCUAGUUCGUGGACACUACGUGUCAUACUUACCACUAUGCAGUCGGAACGAGCCAGUGUUCCUAGCGUCAUGCACGCCUCUCGCCAUGCCCGAGACGCGCGAGUGUGUAGUGCACGGCGCUACCAAUGUGUUCACCACUGUGCACGCUAUGGACAUGAAGAUACUACACAUUGACACUAAUAGUGAGUGGCAUCUAGGCUGGGACAGGAGUUCGCUUCAUGGAGUGAGCUGGUACCAUCUUCUCCAUCCUGAGUGCUGCAAGGAAGCCCAGACAAAGCAUAGACUAAUAACCCAAUCGGAGCAAGAGCGAUCCUGCAUAGCCUUGCUAAGACUCCAGCGACGAUGUGGUCAGUUCCUGUGGGUACACGUCGUGCUACAGCUCAAGGAUAACCUGGAAAACUCCCAGAGACCUGUGAUUGUCUGCACCAAUCAAGUUCUGAGUGAACUGGAGGCAGCUGUCAUGAAAGCAAAUCCUUGGCUUUACCAUUACUACGCAGUCCAGUCUAAGCUCCAUUAUGGUCUAGCUUAUGAAGCAGCUACGAGGAUGUACGGCCCUCCACCCCCAGAUAUCCAGGUCUACCCGGCCACGAUGCAAUAUGCUCCAACACCACCUGUAUGCAUCAACGGCAGCCAACCAGUGAUGAUGCCUAAUAAUAACAUCCAGCCACAUUUACAACAAAUACCCACACACCUUACUCCUAUUCAUUACGCUUACGAAAGAACGGACAAUGGCCCAGUAGACUACUCCGUAUCACUACAAGAGAACAGAUACCAUAUUACACGAAUUGAGGAUACGAGACCACAACAAAAUAAUAAAAGAAAAAGUAAAUCCGAAGAGAAAGCAAGAACACCUGUCCCUAACAUUUCUCCGCGUUUUGUAACCAGCUCUGGCGCUGAUACAUUAGUAGCAGUCGCUGGAUCAUUGGCUAGUCGAAGACCAGGAUCGAAAAACUUCAAUAUAUCAGAGCCAGAGAUGACUGACCAAUGGAAUCCAAGUCCAACGUGGUCAGAAUCUGCGCUACAGAAAGUCCCAGACGUUUGUCAUCAAGACCUGAGUCCUUAUGUGACGACAACCCCUCCAACACCCAGUGGAACUCCAUCUGCGUAUUCUCAUAACUAUAGCCAUACGUUCGUCUUCGACUGGUCUCCUGAACAAUACGUUCCUCACACUAACAAUAGAUGUAGCACCAUAACUUCGGACAGUUCCUAUCAAGAUGCGUGGAGGAAUCAUAGGACUUCUUUCACUAAUUCAGAAGAAACUUCUGAUGAAAACUGUAGUCCCAAUAGGUUAAGCUUAACGAUGACAGUCAGAGCACCGUCGGAAAACAAUACACAAGUGGAUAGUGAACUGCUUAGAAGGCAAAUUGAUCGCUCUCACCCGGACUCGCCCGGUGCCAAAAAGCCGGCGUUAUAACAGCUAUAGCACAAUUUCUAUCAAGUAUUACCUAAUAGUAAAACAUUGUUCUGUUACCUUUAUAUAUGUUUAGUUUAGGUGAGUAGAUAAUAAAUACAUUCUGGAACUCUCCUGUGAUCUUCGUAAAUACACAUAAGGUUGUAAAAUGUACAUAGAUGUAGAAAUUUUAACUAAGAAUUAUUAUGUGUACAAAUUGUAACUAAACCGUCCACUUAAAUUUAGUCGAGCUGUCAUAUUAAAUGUGACAGGUACAUUGUGAAUUUUAUUGUUGUAAAUAAUUACAUGAAUGUAAUUUAAUAAAGUUGUAAGAUUUAUUAAUUAUGUUAAAUUAUAUUAUAUUUCUCCUUCAAACAAUUAAUUCUGUGAAAUUAUUCCAUUACUCUUAAUUUUUUUUUGUUUCUUACUUACUAUAGAUUUUGUGAUUGAAAUUUACCCGAAAACAGAUAUUAAAAUAAACUUUGUAAGUUUGCUUGUAGGGUACAAGUAAAGCCAUUUGAAAUUAAAUUAAUGAGAUAGUUAUGCAUAAUGAAAAAAUUGCAAUAAAUUGUUGUCAAAACAAAA